GUCCCGGGGGCGGGUCCCGGGGCGGGAAGGGCGGUCCCGGUGCCGGUCCCGGUUCCUCCGCCGCCAGCCCGGCCAUGCCGUCCCCCGCCGCGCUGCUGCUCCUGGCGCUGCUGCUGCCGCCGCCGCCGCUCGCCCGCGCCGCCGAGAGCGAAACCGAAACCGGCGCCCGGGAGCUGCGGCUGGAGACCAUUGUGGCCCCCCCCGAGGGCUGCACGGAGCUGUCGGCGCCGGGGGACACGGUGCACAUCCACUACACGGGCACCCUGGAGGACGGGCGGAUCAUCGACUCCUCCCUGAGCCGGGACCCGCUCCAGGUGGAGCUGGGCAAGCGCCAAGUGAUCCCCGGCCUGGAGCAGAGUCUGCUGGACAUGUGUGUGGGGGAGAAGCGCAGAGCCAUCAUCCCCCCUCACCUGGCCUACGGCAAGCGGGGCUCCCCUCCCACCAUCCCAGGUGACGCGGUGCUGCGGUUUGAGGUGGAGCUGGUGGGGCUGUCCCGGGCCAGUUACUGGCAGAAGGUGGUGAACGAGGUGGUGCCGCUGCUGUGCCUGGGGCUGGUGCCGGCCCUGCUGGGGCUCAUCGGGUUCCACCUGUACCGCAAGGCCAGCAGCCCCAAGCUCUCCAAGAAAAAGCUGAAGGAGGAGAAGAGGAACAAAGCCAAAAAGAAAUAAAACCUUCCCCUCGGCA